GCCGGAGCUCGUUUCCGGCCGACCCGGAAGCAGACCUCCGGGGGCCGGCUCCGUUCCCCGGAGCGGGUCUCUGCGUUCCUAGCUCCCCUCGCCCAGAGCCGCCCCGCUCCGCCUCUCCCGCCGGGACCCGCGGCCUGCGGCGCCCCUCGCCCCGCCAGCGCUGCCGGGUCGCGGGCCGCUGUGCUGCCGGGCGGACGCGCCUGCCUCCGGGAGUCUGCCCUCCUAAGAAGACCAGGCCCAGGGACCAUGCCCUGCCCACCAGCCUUCCAAAGCCCAGUGUGCUCCCAACGUUAAGGCUGCAGCACAUCCUCAGCCCUGACUGUCUUUUGAUGACUUUCUGCCGUCUGCUCCAGCCAACCACCUUCAGGAGAUCCAUCUAUCCGAGAGACUGAGGGAGAGAGACAUGGAGGACAAGGGCUGUAAAGUCCUGGGCCGGGAGGGCCGUGGAGAGUGGCUCGCAGAUGCGUUCAAGCCCCGCUGAGCCCUUGCAGUCCUGCGUCCGUGCCGGUACCGCCCCAGUCUGUGCCUGCUUAGCGCUGGGACCGGGAGAGAAAACGCAGAGGGCGGUGCCUGGCCCUGAGGACUAUGCAGCCCCCGGAAUCAGUGAUGUUUGAAGAUGUCGCUGUGGACUUCACCCAGGAGGAGUGGGCCCUGCUGGACACGUCCCAGAGGAAGCUGUACAGAGACGUGAUGCUGGAGAACAUCAGCCAGCUGGUCUCUGUGGGGUGCCAUCAUUGCAGAGCAGACGUGAUUUUCCAGCUGGAGCAAGGUGAGGAGCUGUGGAGUGAGGGGAGAGGACUUCUCCAGAGUCCAGGCAGGGAAAGUGCCCUUAAGGAACAAGAAAUGAUUGCCACCAAACAUACCAUCCUGAAGGACACAUCUACAGUCAUACCAGUGCAGAAAUCUCACACUGCAGAGGAUCCCUUUGCAUGUAAUGAUUUCGGAGAAGAUUUCACUCAAAGCAGUUUCACAAUGACUCAGCAUUUGUUAACUCACAUGGAAAAGACACCGUGUAUCAGCAAACAGUGUCAGCAGUCCCUUACUGGCCAGUCAUACCUUAAUCAACACAAGCAAAUUCAUACUCGAGAUAAACCGUGUGAGUGCCAUUUAUGUAGGAAAGUCUUGAGUAACUACUCUAGCCUUAGAAGGCACGAGAUGACUCACACCGGAGAGAAACCGUAUGAGUGCCGGAUCUGUGGGAACGCCUUCAUUCAAAGCUCCGACCUUAGAAAACACAGUCUGACUCACACCGGAGAGAAACCGUAUGAGUGUCGCCUGUGUGGAAAAGCCUUCAGCCAGUCCUCUAACCUCAGACAGCAUGAGAGAACCCACACCGGAGAGCAACCCUAUGAAUGUCGCCUGUGUGGAAAAGCCUUUGGUAAGUGCUCCGCCCUCAGGCGGCACGCGAGGACCCACACUGGAGAGAAACCGUAUGAGUGUCAGCUCUGUCGGAAAUCCUUCAGCCAGUGUUCUGCCCUCAGACGGCACCAAGGAACCCACAACGGAGAGAAAAGUAUGAGUGCCUUCAGUACGUAUUCCGACCUGAGAUGACG